AGUGCAGUAUGGUGAAACCUGGGGAACCGUGUGUGACCGGGCCUGGGAUAUGGAUGAUGCCAAUGUGGUGUGCAGUCAGCUUCAUUGUGGAGUCGCCGUGUCUGUUCCGAGAGGGGCUUAUUUUGGAAAGGGAACUGGCAUUGUACGGAACGAUGUAUUUGAAUGUAAGGGUAAUGAGACAAGCCUAUGGGAAUGUCCGCGUUCUUUAGGAACUCUUCAUUGCAACCACACGAGCGAUGUCAGUGUGAUCUGUUCUGGGAACCAUGGCCCACGACUGGUGGGUGGGAAGGAUAGAUGCUCUGGCCGGGUGGAAGUUCUACAUGGAGACGAGUGGGGGACAGUUUGUGAUCAGCACUUUAGCUUACUUGAUGCCGGCGUGGUCUGUGAACAACUACAUUGUGGUGCAGUGGCCGCAACUCCCGGAGUUACUCACUUUGGCCGAGGAUCCGGCCCUGUGUGGAAGGAGAACUACCACUGUCAGGGGAACGAGUCCCGAUUAGUUGAUUGUCCAGUCUUACCCAGGGAUCAGACGAGUUGUUCACACGGAAACGACGUCGGUCUCAUCUGCUCAGAUGAAAUUUGGUCUCUGAGAUUGAUCAAUGGGGGCAGCCGCUGCGACGGCCGAGUGGAGGUUUACCACAAUGGUAGAUGGGGGAGAGUGCAGGAUAGCGCCUGGAACAUCAAUGAUUCCAACGUGGUCUGCAGAGAGUUGGGCUGCGGCUCCGCCAUAUUCGCCUACAACUCCUCAAGGAACGGAGAGAGUGAGCUGCCCAUGUGGGUCAACAACGUUCACUGUGAAGGGAACGAGUCGCAGCUCCGAAAUUGCAGCACAUUUACGCCGAAUCAGACAUCCAGCGACAGCAUCGGUGUUGGAGUCCUGUGCUCAGACCAUCUCCAAUUACGGCUGUCUGAGGGUGGAAGUACAUGUGCUGGACGAGUGGAGAUUUAUUACAAUGGGUCUUGGGGCACAGUUUGUGAUGACUCCUGGGAUCUAGACGACGCUAACGUGGUCUGCGGGCAGCUAGGUUGCGGAUAUGCUGUGGAAGAUAAAAUUCCAGGAUUCUGUGGACGAAGUAAAGGCCAAAUUUGGUUGGAUGAAGUAAGAUGCUCGGGUAACGAAUCAUACCUCUGGAACUGUCCCUCCGCACCGUGGGGUCGGCACGAUUGCAGUCAUAAGGAAGAUGUGACAGUGAAGUGUUCUGAACACAAAGAGAUGCGGCUGGUGAACGGAGGCCGGCGGUGUGAAGGGAGAGUGGAAGUGUGGUACAACGGGACAUGGGGAACAGUGUGCUCCGGGAAGCUCUAUGGAGUGGAGGCGGAAGUGAUCUGUAAACAAUUAGAAUGUGGACCCCUCGCAUAUAUUGAAUAUGGCGCCAGGAAAUAUGGACAAGGUUCAGGGCCCAUAUGGAUCGAUGAGAUGAAAUGUAGCUCGCACGAGUCAGCCCUUUGGCAGUGCCAUUUUGACCCGUGGGGGAAACACAACUGUAACCAUAGGAAGGAUGCAGGCGUUUCAUGUAAAGAUCUACAACUGCGGGUUGAUGGCGGCAGCAACAAUUGCUCCGGAAGGGUUCAGUUAUUAUUCAACAACAGCUGGGGAACGGUGUGUGAUGACUCCUGGGGUCUCGCCGAUGCCAAUGUCGUCUGCAGACAGUUGGGCUGUGGCUCUGCUCUUUGGACUCCAGGAGCGGCGACCAUUGCCCCGGCCUCAGGUGAUAUCUGGCUGGAUGAAGUGAAAUGCACGGGAAGUGAAUCAUUCCUGUCCCGUUGUCUGGCUUCACCGCUCGGUCAACAUGACUGUGAUCACAAGGAAGAUGUCUUUGUCACCUGUUCUGGAAUUUCAAUUUCAGAGUUGGGAAAGAAGACGCCCUCUGUGGCUGUUGUGGUUUGCACAACUCUGGGAAUCCUCCUCAUCGCUGAAUUUGUCACACUGGUGAUAAUAGCUCGGAGGCAAUCAGCAAGAAGAGAUGCAGAGAUGAGAGGCAGGGGCUUCGGCUUUUAUGAAGCAAUUUAUGAAGAGAUUGACGAUACUCUCCCUGGAAACAAUUUCAGUCAGAUGGAUGAUUCAAUCUCUGGAUCCAUUGAUUCCAUGAAUCAAAUAGAAUAUUACACCAGCGACCCUCUGGGUUGUGCUCAUUCAACAAGCGAACUCCCUGAAGGAACCUCCUCCAGUGUUCGAGAUCUAGUUCCGGAUGACCAUGACGAUCCUGAGAGUAAAGCCAUUGAUUGUCCGGGCGGUCAGUUCCCGAUGGACGGUGGCCCCGAUGACCUUCUGAUGCUAACAGUUGCCGGCGGUGACGUGGACAUUGGUGGUGAAUCUAGCAUGAUACCUUGUUUCCAAAGCCUGGCUUGAAAUGAUUGA